CGCCCAAAUAUAAAAAUCUCUCUUUCUUUACUUCCAUUUCUUUACCAUUUCCGUUUCCAUCGCCGGCAAUUUUCUAGCCGCUAAAAAAUGUCAUUUUUCGGCGACUUACGUCAUACACCUGCCCCCACCAAGCCACCUGGGGCCGCCGCGGUCGGCGGCGUCGCUGACCCUACAGUUCCGCUGCAGAACCUCGCUAAUGUCCAAGCAAGAAUGGACUCCCUCCAGAAAUUCCUCUCCACUUCUGUCACCGGAAAUAUUCUCCUCGGCGAAGAACAGAUGGGGAUGGUGUCCUCUGAGAUCGCCGCCGCCAUACAUCAGAUUAUAGUCAACGGCGCCGCCCUCCUCGCUUCCACACAAGCCGCGGAUGAAGUUAGCCCUCAUAAAUCGACUAAUAAACGUCUGUUUUCCGAGACCGAGACCGAUUUCGUUGACCAGAACGCCGUCGCGGCGGAGGACGGCGGAUCCGGCGGAUGCGGCGGCGAGGAUUGGGAAAUCAUCGAGCUAGAUGCGGUGGAGCUGCUAGCGGAGCACAUCCAUUUCUGCGAGAUAUGCGGGAAGGGGUUCAAGCGGGACGCGAAUCUCCGGAUGCAUAUGCGGGCCCACGGGAAUCAGUUCAAGACGGUUGAGGCGUUAGCGAAGCCCGGGAAAUGCGGCGGAGAAUCCGGGGCGCGGGGCCGAAAUACCCGCUUCUCGUGCCCGUUUAUCGGGUGCUCGAGAAACAAAAAUCACAACAAAUUCCGCCCUCUCAAAUCCGCAAUCUGCGUUAAGAAUCACUUCCGCCGCAGCCAUUGCCCCAAGAUGUACUCCUGCAAUCGCUGCCACAAGAAGAGCUUCUCCGUUUUGGCGGAUUUGAAGAGCCACGCUAAACACUGCGGGGAGACCAAGUGGAAAUGCUCUUGCGGGACCAAUUUCUCCCGCAAGGACAAGCUCUUCGGCCAUAUGGCGCUCUUCGAGGGCCAUAUGCCGGCGGUUGACGAUGAAAAAGCGGCGCCUCCCAUGGCGGAGGACGAUGAAGAAGAGGAUUCUACGGCGAAGAAAGAGUCGAAUUCGGGCGGGUCGGAUAACGGGUUCUUGGACCGACUUCUUAAGGACGAUUGUGAUUCCAUUGACAAUUACUGCUUCCAAGAAAUCCUGGGUUGGUCUUCUCCUAAUGCCGGAAAUGGUUUAGUCGAUACUUUCUUCGGUCUUUGAUAUGAACUUUGAUAUGAAUUUGUUGUUCAUAGUGUUAUUAUGUUUUGUUCUAUAUGAAUAAAAUGGUUUUCUAUUUUGUGAUUGA